AUGAUCGACAUUGUCCUCCUAGGUGCAACGGGCUACACAGGCCGCCUGUGUGCAUCAUACAUGGCACAAGUCCUCCCGGGGAAUGUAUCGUGGGCCAUCGCAGGUCGCAACAAGAGUAAACUCCAAGUCUUACACAGAGAGCUUCAGCUUGAAGAACCAAAAUGCACUGUGUACGCUCUUAACCUCGCCUCCGACGAAGCCAUCUCCGAACUCGUCAAGACAUCCCGUGUGGUUAUAAAUACUAUUGGUCCUUAUGCUACCACAUGUGGAACGGCUGUGAUCAGAGCCUGCGCUGAGAACGGCACCGAUUAUGUGGAUUGCGGAGAGCCCGCCUGGAUGCGAGAUAUUAUCGCCCAGUAUGACACGACAGCCUGUAACUCAGGUUCAAGAAUUAUCAUGACCGCAGGCUGGGCUGCCGUUCCCGCAGAUCUAUCCGUCUAUCUCGCCGCUCUAAAACUUCAACGUCAAUUUUCCCUUCCUACUCGUGAAGUCCUGGUCUGUCUUGAAGACGUCCGCGGUUCUUUCAGCGGUGGAAGCCUCAACUCACUGUGUAGCCUCGAACCCGUCAACAUCGCCCCUUUUGAUCUAUCUCCUGUGCCAAGGACUGAACAACAGGUGGCCAAAAACGGGGUUCUCCCGCCCCCCAACGCUCUUGACGUCCAAAUUGUUGAUGAACUGGGUGUUCUAGUGGAAAGCACCCAUGCACAGAUUGAAAAGACUCUCGUCGGCCGAAGUUGGGGCUUAUACGCUGGUCAUGGACCAGACUUCCCGAGCCCAGAAGGCUACGGAAAGGAUUUCUUCUUCUCGUCACGAAUGAGAUGUUCUAAUGCUUUAUCAGCAUUGAUGUUUCGAACAAGCCUCUCCCUUCUCACAAAUGCAAUCACAAAAAUACCUCCUAUACGCUACUUGGCCGCCCGAAUGUUCCCACCAGGAACAGGUCCCUCUGAGGAAGCGCGUAGAAGCCACUAUUUCAAGUAUCGCACUCUGGCUAUAGCAGACAACAAAGGAGCUGAGCCUGUUCCGAAAGUUGAAGUCAAGUUCGCAUAUGGUGGUGAUCCGUAUGUGUUCACAGGCGUGGCCCUGACCCAAGCGGCAUUGGUCCUUCUGCAAGGAAUUAUACCUGCUCACAGACGUGGAGGUAUUUUGACACCCGCAACACUGGGUGAGGAGUUUGUAGCGAGGCUAAAGCAGCCAGAGGCAGGGUAUCAAAACGCCAUAAUCACUCACGUCAACGUCCCCGGAUCCCUUCCUCAAUGCCGUUCUCGAAUUCAUCCUCCUCUUCCACCUGCUCAUCACGAGCAAGUCGCUUUAAGCGCUCUCGUAACGCCGGAUCCUGCUCUAACUCCUGCCAUAGCUCAACGUCCCAUUCUUCGAUGUUCUCACCGCGACGACUCUUUCCCCAGGGCGGCCAAUCCCAAAGUCCAGCAAUUAGGAGAAGACGCUUCACGCAUUUGA